AUGUUGAGAGUUGGGUACCUACCAUCCGGUAGUGACGCCAUCACACGGGCGGCGGUUGCAAGCUCCUUCAACCACUUUCCACCAGCAGAUCAGGGUGUUGCUUACGCAAUAAACUUUAGCAUGACGCCAGAAGUCACCCCCCCGCCUCGCCCGUCUGUCGCGGAGGCGGCAUUUGCGCCAGUGGGUCCUCCACAGUCAGCAGAAGAGCAGAAGCCCACACACGAGGCCGUUUUCAUAGAAACAGGGCAGUUAGCUCGGACAGAACAUUAUGGUUGGCGGACAGUAAAAGGGGCGCCCUCCCUUGAGGAAGUAAACUCUUCAGUGAGGGUGCCACCACUUACAGGGAGCUGGCACGCAAAGUUGAAAGCAUUUGCAGGCCUGGGGUUCGUCAUCAGUGUGGGCUACAUGGACCCAGGCAACUGGGCCACCGACUUAAGUGGUGGAGCGCAGUUUGGAUACACGCUUCUUUUUGUGAUCCUACUCUCAAGUAUCUUUUCGAUGUUCCUUCAACAUUUGGCGCUCAAGCUAGGGGCGGUGACUGAGCGCGACCUGGCGCAAGCUUGUAGAGAAGCAUACCCCCGCUGGGUGAACUACGGUUUGUGGGUCAUCGCAGAGGUGGCCAUUGCUGCCACCGACCUGGCCGAGGUCAUUGGGUCCGCCAUCGCUCUGAACCUGCUGUUUGGCAUUCCGCUGUGGGCGGGCGUCCUCAUCACGUCCGUGGACGUGCUCUUCAUCCUUUUCGUGGGCCUGCACAACUUCCGCCUCUUUGAGCUGCUCAUCUUCCUGCUGGUGGCCACCAUAGCGGGCUGCUUCGCGUAUGAGCUCGCUGCGGUUGGCCCCGACUGGGCCAAGGUGGCGACGGGGCUGUACCCCCACUCGUCCAUCAUCACCAACCCGGACCAGCUGUACAUUGGCCUGGGGAUCCUGGGUGCCACGGUCAUGCCCCACAACCUCUACCUCCACUCUAGCAUCAUCCAGACCCGCAACUUCCCCCGCACAACACAGGGCAAGCGCAUGGCUGUCCUCUACGGCACGCUCGACUCCACCAUCUCCCUGUGCCUGGCGUUCUUCGUUAACGCUGCUAUCCUGAUCCUGGCGGCCGCAGCCUUCUUCUACACGGUGAACCCUUACCCGGAUGUCGACAUCCACAGCGCGUACUCGCUACUGGCCCCGGCAGUCGGACAGAAUGCUGCGCGGGUGUUGUUCGGGGUGGCUCUGCUGUGCAGCGGCCAGAACGCCACCAUCACGGGCACGCUCGCGGGGCAGAUCGUCAUGGAGGGCUUCGUCAACAUCCGCAUGAAGCCGUGGCUGCGCCGCCUGCUCACGCGCCUGGUCGCCAUCAUACCCGCGGGCAUAGUGGCUGGCGUGGGGGGGCAGAGAACCUCGGGCAAGCUCCUGGUGCUGAGUCAGGUCGUGCUGUCCCUCGCGCUCUCCUUCGCGGUGGUGCCCCUGGUUCAUUUCACUAGUUCGAAAGAAUUGAUGGGCAAGUUUGUCAACGGCCUUGUCGUCAAACUCCUGGCCAUUCUACUGGCAAUUGUCAUCGUACUUCUGAACAGCUACCUCCUAGUGCAAGUGUUCCGCACCAAUCAGUUCAGCCAGGCGUAGACCUUAGUCUACCUAUUUCUUUUUUGGAUGAUUCUGAUCGGUGGAGUGGAUAGCACCAAUAGCCAAAAGUUUUGUACGAGUCGUUUCAGCAAGAGACAACGCGGCCAGUAUGGCCUUGCAAAAAGGGUUAACGCAAAGACGAGUGCAUAACGUACAUUGACUACUCUUAUGCUCAUUACAGACUCAAUGGGCAGACUCCUGUAGUUGUAGGAUGAGGCCGGCCAUUUGGUUGGGAUGUUUCUACCUCCCAGAUGCACUUGAUUCCUUGCUGCCUAUCGUUGAAACUCUCAGAGAGUGACGAUUGAACCCACGAAAACCUGAAGAUGAGUAAAGACGUUGUGCAACUGGACGCUAGGCACAAAAAUAUGUUUUAAAAUGUUGAAUUAGUAUCACAUGUGGAAUUCGCGGA